AUGUUACGGAGCGAUAACAAUACUUUCCUGCUAUCAAUAAAACGUCACGAGAACCGUCGUGUUAUACGCCGAGGGGAUAUCGAAAAUCCAGUCUCAGCGGUGGCCGACGCCUCAAGGGCCGUGUCCGCUUAUGGCUAUGAAUAUGUUGUGCAGGAUUCUGUCCGGCGGUGCAGCAAAACGAGAAAAAGCACACGCCAGCUGCAAUGCAGCUGCCGUCGCCUCUCCGCAUGGCGCAGAGCAGAUUUAGCAAAUCCUAGUUGGGAGUCCCGGGUCGACCACUCCUGUAGGGAGCGCUGCCACCCCGCCUGUCACCCACCCCCAACUUUCACUCUCUUGUGCGUCGGGGAUCUCGACCCCGGCCUCAGCAACGAUACGCCGUUAAAGCCGAUUUACACACAAACAGAUCUAGGAACGACGCAAGAGCAGGGCAAAGACAGAGCAGAGCCCGAGGUCGGGCGCGCCCGCGUCGUCGCCGCCGAGGCGCUCCCGCUGCGACCCUACGCCGCACGCGAUAAGGCACACAUCGCCGUGCGCUCACUGACCUCACCGCACCGCCGACAAAUAAUAAAUAUG